AUGGCAAUAUCAAUAUCGGCCGGGAGGAGACGUCAUCAGCCCGAAGUGUUACAGGAAGAGAUGGUGCAGAGGAUUAGGGUUCGACGAAUUGGCCAAGCUCAAGAUGAGGAGCGUCGGAUUGUCAUUCUUAAGAAAUAUCUGAAUGGCGAUGUAUCUAGCCUGGACGCAGGAGAAGGGAAGAUGUGCGCGAAACUGGCGCCGGAGUACGAGAUCGAUGAGAACGAUCUGAUUUUCUUCUGCUUCACGGCGAAGAGAGAACCAGAAGAUCGCGAAGGUUUGAUGCGUCUGGUGAUCCCAGAGACGUUGAAACAGGAUGUUUUGCACCACAAACACGCUAGUCUGGAAGGAGGCCAUCAGGGUAUUGGCAGGACGUACCAGAGGAUCAGAUCGCGGUUCCACUGGAGAGGGCUGUAUCGGAGUGUGCAACGAUAA